UGUUAACACGAAUCUUUCCCAUACAAGGUGAAUUCUUACUUAAAGAAAUGGGACAACGAGUGUCACGGAGUGAUUUUGAAUGGGUCCAAGGUGACCAGGUUCAUACAAGCCGGCGUGAGGUUAUGCUGAAGAAAUAUCCGCAGAUUAAGAAAUUGUUCGGAGUAGAUCCCACACUAAAGUAUAAAGUAACCGCUUUAGUCCUGGCGCAGUGUUUUAUGUUAUAUGUGAUGCAGAACCAGUCGUGGAAAAUGAUUUUUCUUGUUGCGUACUUUAUCGGAGCUGUAAUUAACCACUCACUCAUGGUGGCUAGUCAUGAAAUUGUUCACAAUUUAGUGUUCGGUCACGCCAGACCUUUGGCUAAUCGUUACUUCGGGAUGUGGUGUAACUUACCGAUAGGUGUUCCCUUCACGAUAACCUAUAAAAAAUACCACACACUGCAUCACAGAUAUUUAUCGAUGGAUGUUCUGGACCAUGACAUUCCAACGGCAACCGAGGCGAGUUUGUUCACAACUACUUUCGGCAAGUUAAUAUUUCUCAUUGUUCAACCGGUGUUUUUCGUGUUCCGACCGUUCUUCAUCAAUCCGCUGCCAAUUGAAAGGUUGGAAAUUGUGAACGCCAUAGUGCAAAUCAUUUUCGACACGUUGGUUGUGGCCGUGUUCGGAUAUAAAAUGCUCUGGUACAUGUUGAUAAGUUCGUAUUGCGCGUUGAGUCUUCACCCUGUCUCAGGACACCUGAUUUCCGAUCACUACAUGUUCAAGCAAGGAUUCGAAACGUACUCUUACUACGGUCCACUGAACAGGAUCCAUUUCAACGUGGGCUACCACAACGAACAUCACGAUUUUCCUUCGAUCCCAGGCAGCAAGUUGCCCGAGCUGAAGCAAACCGCACCGGAGUUCUACGAAACGAUACCUUAUCAUACGUCCUACCUGCGGGUAUUUUAUGAUUUUGUAACAGAUCCCGCCAUCGGACUCUACGCAAGAAUGAAACGAAAGACUGCAGAGAAAAGCCAAUGAAGGUGUGAAUAGUUUUGGUGUCAUUAUUAGUAUUAAUCAGAUGAAAAGAAGAUGUGCUGCGGAGCAAGGUUCGCCAUUUUAUUUUGGUUUAUGGGGAUGUGGACCAUUUCACGCGUAUUUCACGAAUCAAUCCGGAUAAAUCACUUCUUAACAAGCGACAAACUUGCACUGUUAUGUGGUUGUGAUAUAAAACUAUUGAAUAUGAAUAUGAAUUGAAAAUAUGACAUGAUUGAAAAAAUGGUGCGUUUGAUUGAAGUGGUAACUUCGACAUCUUGAAAAGUUAUAAGCAACUGUCAAAAUGUUGAAAAAAUAUUUUUUAUUUUUCUUUAGUUGAACGAUUUUCAACUUUGCCAAGGACACCAUUUCAACUAAACGCAUCCUUUUCCAAAAUAUCAUAAUAUUUGUAAUGUAGUGUGAAAUCAAAAAUAACAAAUCGCUCACAGAGGAGAGAAUUACUCAGAAUUAUCCUUUAUCUGAUGAAAAAUUGCUCAACAAAGUACUGACAGAUGCGAGUCAGGGUACAUCAGUCUAAACAGUUGUAGUGUUUUAAACUGAUGUAUACCCUCCUUAAGCUAGAAAUCGAGUCUCGUCAAAUUAAUUUUUAACAGUCUUGCUUACUGGUAAUCUAAUUGAUAUUAUGACGAAACGCUACGAAAGGUUAAAUCGAAAAUAGUUGUAAAA